GAUGUUAACACUGAAACUAUGGGCAAUACGCAUACUUAAAAAAAGUAUAAUACUAUAUGUUGCAGUGUUCAUAAGUUUAUUAGUGAAUAAUGAGGAUAUUGAGAAUUUAUCCUUAUUAAUUCACAAUCAUAGUUGUAAUUUAUUUAGUUAAUUUUAAUUUGUGAAUAAAAACUAUUUGUGUAGUCAGUAUUACUAUUAAGAAGAAAGCGUAGCGGAGUAGUGGCUUGACAAUAUUAAUCAUUCAUACAUAGAGAUAUUUGUAAAAUGUACAACUACAAGUUAAUAAUGCAGUUCCACAACAGAUCUACCCUAAAUCGUAUACGUCCAGCUGAUGUCGCCGAGUUUGUCACCUUGACUGUUGCGAAUAUGAAAGAUUAACGGGUGAUAGACUUAUGGAUUGAGUUACUGUUGGCCUUAGUGGAGACCAGCACCCUAUAGGAACCUAAGAGAGGAAUUGAUGAUUUCCUGAAAAGUGAAGAAUGUGUGUUGGAAUUUUAAAUUUUUUCCAAGGACCUUCAAGUUAAGAGUGGAGAAAUUAAUCAAGAUCAUGUUCCUCCACUUUGAGCAUUCCAGUAAGACUCAAGCUGACUGUAAAGUGCUUUCUCUAACAUGGAUGGGUAAAGUACCUGAUGAACUCCCUGAUGAGGAUGGUUGGAAGCUCAACAGGUUAAAUUAUUAUCAAGAUGGAUGGUUGGCUACUGGAAAUACUAGAGGAGUUGUAGGAGUAACUUUUACAACUUGUCUUUGCCGAAAAACCACUGAUUUACCAUCACGAACAAAUUAUAACUUGAGAGGCCAUAGAUCUGAGGUAACCCUAGUGAAGUGGAAUGAACCCUACCAGAAACUAGCCUCCUGUGACAGUAGUGGUAUUAUUUUUGUAUGGAUCAAGUAUGAAGGCCGAUGGUCAAUUGAAUUAAUAAAUGACCGUAACACACAAGUGACAGACUUUGCCUGGAGCCAUGAUGGUAGGAUGGCCCUCAUCUGUUACCAAGAUGGCUUUGUUCUUGUAGGAUCAGUCACUGGUCAGAGAUAUUGGUCUUCGAACUUAAAUCUUGGUGCUAACAUCACAUGUGGAAUUUGGGCCCCUGAUGAUCAGCAGGUGUUGUUUGGAACAUCUAGUGGUCAGAUCCUUGUGACAGAUGUCCAUGGAGAGAUGGUUGGUCAAGUCAGGAUUCAAGAUGGGGUUAAUAUCACAUGCAUGGCAUGGUCCUGCGAGAAAUUCAAAAUGGAAGAAACUGAUGAGGAAGAUGGUACUCACACUGUGUUGUACCAACAAACACCAAGAAGCACAGAAACCAAAACUUUCUUCCUUGCCAUUUGCUUUCAAAAUGGUACUAUUUAUAUCAUGAAAAACUACGAUGAUGUAUCACCUAUUAUCAUAGUAACAGGGUUAAAGGACAUGCUAAUAGAGUGGUCAAACAAUGGUGAUUUAUUAGCAGUUGCAGGAAUCAAAGAAGAUUCUGAUGUCCAAUUUAUGAAUUGUGUCCACUUCUACACUGAUUCUGGGUCACUUCGAUUCAGUACAACGAUACCUUACACACAGAGUCCAGUUUCAGCAAUAACCUGGGGUCAUAAUGACAAAAGAUUCCUCAUCGCCACAGGGAAUACGAUUCACAUAGGCUGGGUAACGAAAAAAAUAGCCUCUCUCCAACUUCUGUCCUGUCUCACUGUCCAAAAUUCUCUAACAGAAGAGAACCAAAUGCAGAAACUUCCACUACCUCGUCGUCUGAAAAUUCUAUUGUCUCACUUGUUUAGUCAAACGAUAAAGUGCUAUCUACCUGAUCCUCAGCGACUGAGAGAGUUUGUCUCUCAGCCUCCUGCAAACAACAUUCGCCUUCAUUGCACAAUGGUGAAACAUGAUGAUGAUAUUUUGACUGGUAGUGCCACCUAUACUCUUUUUCUUGAAUACUUGGGAGGUUUGGUGCCACUUCUUAAAGGAAAAAGAACCAGCAAACUUCGACCUGAAUUUGUCAUAUUUGAUCCUAAGAGUUCAGAUCUAGGAGAUGGUUGCCAUCGUUGCAGUAACGUUCAGUCUCCAAUUAUGCUCACAUAUCCAUUCAGUCCUUCAUCAUCAUGUACUGCAUCAUUACCAACUUCAUCAGAUAGUGAGGUUGAGGAGGGUUGUGCAUCACCUCGAAUGCAGCGUCGACGAAAACAGAGAAGGCUUGCUCAACAAAGAGAAGGAGAAACCACUGGUUUUCAACAUGGAGAGCUCUUAUACUUGGAUGAUCUUCCUGAGACUGAAAAAAUUGUAGCUGUGACAUCUAACAUCUGGGGAACUAAGUUUAAAAUAAUGAGUUUGGCAAAAAUUAAUAUUUGUGUGCUCAUGUUUAUAUAUGUCAAUUCUGAUGCAGAUAUGGAGGCUUUGAGUUGUGAAACUAGUGCUCCAGUUGCUCCUAUGACUCCUCAGAGGAGAAACUCUCACCCACCUCAGUCAAAUAACAUCAGCUCUUCAGGACAUUUUAAUGGAGAUGCAGGUGAAUAUGUAAACUUCUUUCCUACUGAAGAAUUCCUGACAUUAGAGACAACGUCUGAAGGCCAUAUCCGUGUCUUAAGGCUUGCCAGUACUCCCGAGGAGGCUAGUUCUAUAGGAAUGCAGACAAACUGUCAGUGCAUCUCAGAAUUUUCCUGUGAUACUAACCAUAACAUUCCCUCCACACUGCUUCACAAUUCAUCUCAUAGCCUACAUGUAUGUGGCCCUUCCAUCCAAGCCAAAAAGUCCAAAGGUAAUGUCAUUAGUGGUGCUUCUGUCCCAUUUUCACAUCCCACUUUUCAAAAUGGUCUGACCCCUACAGUUAAUCAAAGGGGGAAUGUGUUGAGCAGUAAUUCUAGUCCAACUAAGAAAAAACAUUUGUCAGAUCAUAUUGCAAAUUCUAAUGUAAAAAUGAAUUGUUUACCUGGUCUGGAAAGUGUGAACUCCACAUUUCAUGUUUCUGGUGAAAAUUCUGACUCAUCACUGAAUAAUGGAAGUAUAUGUAGAAAUAGCUUGAUGAAUAAAGAGAAUCUUUCAUCCCCAGGCAACUUGACUGAUAGCUCAGCUUCUAGUUCACCCUCAUCAGGCUCUGAAGAUCGUCGGUUAAGGGCAAACAAAAAACUCAAUUACAGUGAAAAAGGACUAACUGCUGCUGUACCCAACUGUGUCCAUAGCUUAGAUAUUCAUCCAUAUUGUAAGGCUAAAACAUUUGUAAAGGAGAGUUCUAAAAAUGGAUUGCUUCAUUCCUUGCCAUUUGUUUCUAAAGUAGGAGAUGAAACAUACUCUAGUCCAGUUCUUCUUUCUCCAUCUGAGGAAGUGGUUGUAGGUGGAGGUGUUGUCGAUGCUGUUGCCUCAAUGUCACGUGUUGGUGAACCUGUUGCUGCUGCUUCAAAAUGGCUUCCUUCUGUCUAUUCUGGUAGUCAUGAACACUUACCACGGUGGGCUGACAAAGCAGGAGACAUCAAGUUUAUUGAUGAAGAUACUGAGGAUCCACCCACAGAUGUUCAUCUUGUUAGAAGCAGCCAGUCAAGUCCUGCCUCUCCAGUUGUAUUACUAGGACAUUGUAGUCGAAGCAUUGGUCAUCUACAUACAACAGAAGCUACGGUAAGUAGGGAUAUGUGGACUCAUAUUUCACUAAGAGAAUCUCAGGCACGUCUUAAAGUACACUCUAAACCUCUGUCGAAUUCUCUUGCCCAUGAUUCUGAUUUAAAACUGUCCAGCAGCAGCAAAUGUGAUACAUCGUUUUCUUCAAAUCAGUUAUUGGCUCCUGGGGCUAUGGACAAGCUGACAUGCAAGUGUGACAUCCCCAGGGUAUGGUGCUCUCUUCAUUCCAAAUGCUCAAGCCCCUUAGCCUCUCAUCGGGAUCAAGAAACUUUUAGUUUUGAUAACAGCAAACAUCUAGUUACUUAUCCUUCUCUAGCAGAAAACAAACGCAGUGCUUCAGUAUCUCCUCCACCAUCAGCACGAAUUGGUGAGCAUCGUAGUAGUCUACCACAGGCAAUUCUAGUAGAUAAUCAGUUUCCCUCUUCUCCUACAAGCAAAAGUAUCCCUACUUCUCCCAUACUGAGGCGCCGAGCUCGCUCACUGAAAAAAGGAUUAUUGUCUAGUCCUCUAUUACUAAGAAAGGCAAGAAAAGAGCAGUCUGUGGAAAGUUCAGAAGAUGAAGGAGCUCAGAGUGGAGAAGAACUUGGUAAAGAAGGUUUUAAAGACCUCCAGAGCCUGCAGAAGGCCUAUAUUCGUAAGAAGUUAAAGAAAAGCCGCAGUUCACGGUCCCAAGAAGUGGCUGAUGGAACUCCAGGAUGUGGUUCAUCCCCGUAUCGUGACUUCAUCCUCUACAAUAAGGCUCCGUUGUGGAAUGAAGUUAGCCAAGUAUACCAACUGGACUUUGGAGGAAGAGUUACCCAGGAGUCUGCAAAGAACUUCCAGAUUGAAUUUAGAGGAAAUCAAGUAAUGCAGUUUGGACGAAUAGAUGGGAAUGCAUAUACGUUAGAUUUUCAAUAUCCAUUUUGUGCUUUGCAAGCUUUUGCUGUUGCUCUUGCAAAUGUGACUCAACGCUUGAAGUGACAAAUACUCCAUGGAAUAAAUCCUCUUCGUAAAUGUAUACUUAACAGUACAAGAGUUUGAAAGUGAAAAACUGAACUAUGGAAUUGGUAAAAAAAAAACUUCAUAGUGUUCUUCUUGGAAAAAAGCUUUACGUGGUUUAUUUAUGAUGUGGCAUUAGAAUAACACAUUUGUUCUUCAUGAAUAAGUUGAGUCAGAAGACUGACAAAGAACUGCAGCUUUAAAAAUAUGAUUCUAAGUCAGCUUAUAUCUGAUAUACUUUUAUGUUUUUUCUUGUUUUUGAAUUUAAUAUUUGUCCAUGACAUGACAAGAUGAUGAUAAAAUUAUGUUAUUAUCUUAUAGCAUUACUGUAAUAGAACCAAAAAAUUAAGUAUAUAUAUAUAUAUGCUCUCUUAAUACAAUAUUUAGUCAUUGAAGAGUAAACAUAUCCAUGAGUGUUUGAUAUAAAAGAGCUUUAAAUAUAUUUGCUGACUUAAAGAAUUAUUUUGGCCUUGUUUCCAUUUAAGAGAGAAACUAACAAUUUAAUUGAAAUUGUGUAAAUUUAAACCAGAUAAACUGGUAGACAUGCAUAGCUCUCUUUUUGUUUUUUCAUCUCAGAGAUUACAGUGAUUUAUUUUAUUCCUGUAGUUCUUUGUUAUUUUAUUACAUUUCUAUAUUAAAUUAACAUAUUUAUUGCAUUAACAACAGUUUCAUGCAACAUUUUAAGUUGCUUAACAGGACUAUAAUAUGAAAUUAGUGACCCUGUUUUGUUUUAAUCAUAAUUUGCUGCUGUAUAAAACAUUUAGAGAACACAUUUUUAUGAAUUAGUAUAAAAUUUGUAAUGUAGUUGCUUUGAAGGACUUGUAAGGUUUGUCUUUCACACUAAGUUAUAAAUUUGUUACUGAUAAAAUACUUCUAUACCUGCAGUUGGUUGCUGCAAGUUAAACAUUACUGUUAAGUUUUCUCUUUCAACUUUGUAAGAUAAGUAUAUACACAGGACAAGGAAAAUUUCAAAGUUUAAGAACUGCAAAUUGGAGGUUGGUAAGCAUAUUAAAUUGUCCUUUGGUUGGUUAAUAGUACACUAGCUUGUUUCCAUUCACUGAAAUAACUUAGGGUCUUAAUUCAUUAAUCAGAAGAGACUUUUUUGUAUGCCAACUUUUCUUAUCACUCCCCAUAGCAAGGGUGAAAUUCUGCCAAUACUCAACAAAACUUUCUACCAGUUCAACUUGAAUAGUACCUCAGAGUUUACAAGAGCCCUUAAAAUCCUGGAAAGUCAUAUAAAAUGAGCUCUAAAAAUUUCAAGAUUAGAACUCUUGGAAAAACAGAUAUUUUUAAGUCAUGUUCUUGGAAAGAUCAUGAAAUUUCAGUUAAAAAUAAAGUAUGAAUUGUUGACAUAAUAAGAAGAAGAAAUUAAAAACAAAAACAAGUUUGGUUAUCAAAAUCAGAUUUCAUUAUGUUUUAUGCCAGCCAUUGAAAACUUCAAGACUCAUAACUGCUGAUGAAUAAAAUUCCUGGAAAAUGCAAUUGCCAGGAUACGAGAAUCCUAGAAAUUUGAGUAUAAAAAGUGCUUGGAUUCUGGUGUCUGAAGAGGUACUUUUAACUUUGAGAAAUCUUGACACUUCAUACACUGUGAAGCCAGGUCUUGGCAAAAUUAUCUGUACUUCAUUAACCCUUUCAAGCCUUGUGACAUCAUUUCAACCACUCCUAUUUGUGCAUUCAUAAAAAUUAAUAACUCUGAAAUCAAACAAUAUCUGAAAAAAAAAAAAA